GACGCCACCCUCAUCAGGUUACUCAGCAGAGCAGUGCAGCCAGCUGUGUAAGGAGGGCAAGGAAGUCUCCACAACCCUUUCCUGGCAGCCCGGGGGCACACACUAUGCAAGGCACUGAGGCUGGAAAGCCUUUGAUUAAAUUCAACCACUGUAAGCGAUCCAUCUACAGCUUCAGGGUGCCGGGGUGCUGCCCCCUCUGCCAGGAGGCCCUGGGCUCAGCGGAGCUGGCCGACGCCCCGGUCAGCAUCUCCAGCCCCUUCGGCAACGGGCACCAGGAGAAGUGCUCCUUCCUCUUCAGGCCGACCCGGGGCACAUUUCUCAGGGAGUAUGACGGAAGGUCCGAUCUUCACGUUGGGAUAACUAACACAAAUGGAGUGGUGUACAACUAUGACAGGUGUGGCGUGCGGCGGGACAGGGCAGGCUGGGAGCAGAGCCUGGUUGUGCCGCUCCUGCAGCCUGGCAUGCUGGGGCUGCAGGACCAGUGGGACAGGUACCUGGAGGACUUCUCAGCCCAUGAGGCCUGGCUUCCGCACAGGUAUGAGGAAGACCACCACAACUGCUACAGCUACUCCCUCAUGUUCAUUAACUGCAUUCUGGCCACCGAGGGCAAGGAGCAACUGGACAAGACCGAGUUCACAGAGAAAUACGUGGUCCCAAGGACGAGGCUGGCCUCCAAGUACAUCACGCUAUACCGGGCUAUCGAAGAGCACGGCUUCUACAUGAUUGACCAUGCCAGCCCUGAAGCUCAUCCUCCUUAAGGGAGCCACCGUGCCGAGCAUGGGGUGUGGAGAAGGUGGCAGGGCAUUCCAGGUCCUUCUUUGAACCCACACUUUGAACCCACCCUUGCGGAUUCCUUAAUGCAUCUAACUGGUUAACGAAAAAGUGUGUGGGCUUCUUGAAGCACAUUUCAGCUUACAAUGGCCUAACAAUCCAUGAAAUAAAAAUUUCCCUGGGUUUUAAAAAUUA